CCAGUUAUUCACAAAAUACGAUUCACGAGGCAAUGUGAAAAAAGAGCAUCGCUGUGGUAUCGACAAAAGCCACAAAAUCGUUACUCUGUCUGCGUUGUGGGGAAUCGGUGCGCAUCGACUGUUGAAUUACGCAGUGAGACGCGCGCAACACUUCUGAGCAAACCUCAGCACAAGUAGAUAAAACGCGUUUAGACCGAAGUGAAGAUGUAUUAAUAAUAAUUGUUUAUCGUUGAUGACGAUCUCUUCCGACGUUUGAAUACAUUAAAAGUCUUCUGGGAAACGAAACGGGGUCGUUGAAGCUGGAGCGCGCGUAACUCGAGGAGGUUCACAUGCACGAUGAUGAAGGCUCGCUUACGUGCUUGACCUGUUAUGACGAUCCUAUUUAAAGCUACUGCAUUGAGGGAAGACAACAAAACAACUAGAGAAUUGAUUCAGGACACUCAACAAGUCCAGCACCGGACGGACCCACUUCGAUCUCGGGCUAUUCCCUCGCUCACUUAUGGACAGCUGGUACUGUAUAUAAAUACAGUAUCACAGUCAUACACUCAGUGGCAUCUGUGUGCAGUGGACGUGACGGGGCAAUGCAUGCAGACUUCCCAAAUGUGAUGCGCACCGGCACCGCGCUCAGCUGCUCUAGUGCUGUUCCCGUACUUUUGCUCAUUUGAAAAGAUGGAAUCGUUCGAGGUGGCAGUAAAUGGUGUAAUUCACACAGAAGAUCCUUUCUCCGGACCCCUGACACAUGUAGAGCCCUGGAACUAUACGUUCUUAGCUGUUUUAAUGGUUAUUGUGACGACUUUGUCUCUUUGUGAGAACGGCGCGGUGAUGCUCGUCACCUUUAGGUUCAAGCAGCUGCGACAGCCUCUGAAUUAUAUCAUUGUCAAUUUAUCUCUCGCUGACUUUCUCGUGUCCUUGACUGGAGGGGUAAUAAGUUGUGCCACUAACUACCACGGAUAUUUCUUCCUGGGUCAAUGGGCUUGUGUUUUGGAAGGAUUUGCAGUCACAUUUUUUGGUAUCGUGGCGUUGUGGUCUCUAGCCGUCCUGGCGUUUGAGCGUUAUUUUGUCAUCUGUCGUCCUCUGGGGAACAUUCGUCUGAGAGGUAAACACGCAGCGCUGGGUCUGCUGUUCGUCUGGACCUUCUCCUUCAUCUGGACCAUACCGCCCGUGUUGGGCUGGUGCAGUUACACCGUCAGCCGCAUCGGAACCACCUGUGAACCAAACUGGUAUUCCGGCAGGUUCCAUGAUCACACCUUCAUCAUCACGUUCUUCAUCACCUGUUUUAUUCUUCCGCUGGGUGUGAUCGUCGUCUGUUACUGCAAACUGCUGAGGAAGUUGAGAAAGGUGUCUAACAGUCAUGGGAGGCUGGGAAAUGCCAGGAAACCUGAACGUCAGGUGACCCGUAUGGUGGUUGUAAUGAUUGUGGCAUUCAUGGUGGCCUGGACUCCGUACGCUGUUUUCUCUGUCGUGGUCACCGCCCAUCCCAGCAUUUAUCUGGACCCUCGACUGGCAGCUGUCCCAGCGUUCUUCUCCAAAACAGCAGCGGUUUACAACCCCAUCAUUUAUGUGUUCAUGAACAAACAGUUUAGGAAGUGUCUGAUUCAGCUGGCGAGCUGCAGAGACAUCAGCACCAUCGACGGAAACGUGAAUCAGACCACCGAACGUGUGGGACUGACCAAUGAAAGCCACACAGGAGAGAUGUCAGCCAUCGCCGCCCAGAUCCCAGCGGCCGGACCCGUUCAAUCCAAACCUGAAGAACAGCCCAGCGAAUGUAGCCUCUUCGGUCAACUUCCCAUUCCUGAGAACAAAGUCUGUCCCAUACGUUCUCCACAUCUAAAAUAAAGCGCAUCUGCUCAUGAAGAUGUAGACGACAGACAGACAAAACAAAAGAAUAUAAUCAAAUGAGGAAAAGAAAUGGAUGCGUACCACCCGUGGACACUGGCACAGGUCCCUGGAGACGCAGCUCGGGUGCAAUUACCAGCCGCAUGGUCACCGGUGUGUCCUCGAUGCAUCAUCAGGUCCCGCUCACUUCAACUCAAUGACACCCAACGGAUUAACAGCCCACCUUCAAGAUCUGCCCUCCAAACGGCCCGGACGCAUGUCAACAUGAUGCCGCUGGAAUAAAAACAUCAUCAGUUUCCACCUCAUAUCCUUCAUCUAUAAAUCCAGUUGAGUAGUGUCAUUCAUUCAUGCGGUAACAUUUACUGUAAACCUUCUGAAGUGCAGCGUGAAGAUGCUGAUCUU